AAUGAUUAUUAUACAAUAACCAUCUGCGCCGGGAAGGUGCCGUAAACCUGGGAAAUGAAAAGAAUGAUUGUUCGGCUCUGAGGUUGUGUGUUGAAGAUUAGGCCUAGUUUCUGCAGAAAGAUAAUCGAAUGGAUACGAUAACAAAACAAAUUUGCCUCCUCUUGUAGAGGUGAAACGUCAGUUGUGAUAAAUGCUACAUGCGCAUCAAAAAUGUCGACACAGUCAGAGGAUUUAUGUUCGCAAGAUCAGAGGUGAAAAAACAAACCGAUGUUUCAGUAAGAUGUUCUCUUUGGCCGACUUUAUUGUUUAUGCUGGGACCGUACAAACUGUUUCAAUGAAUAUUUGUGCGAGAGUGAGUUCGGGGAUGUGAUGUAUCAAUUGUUUAAGCGACCCAAAAACGACUACAGCAGGUUUUUUUUAAUCAGUACAAAGUGACUACAAUGGAAGCCAAUGGAAAUUCCAAAUAUUAUAUAACAGACGACCCUAGCCAGGUAGACUUCAAAAGAUCACAGGAUGAUUUUAACCGGCCGUGGUGGAAUAGGAAGAGAACCCCGCUUGAGAUAGUCCUUGUUCUUAUAUGCCUUGUAUGCAUUGCUGUUACAACUAUUUUAAUUGUCAUAGAAACUACGAGAGAAAAUAGCCAAUCGAAUCAUUUAAUACAGACUCAAACUGAGGCUGGAAUUUGUUUGACAGAAGAAUGCGUGAAAGCUUCUGCUCGUCUUCUACGCGGAAUGAGACAGGAUAUUAACCCAUGUGACGACUUCUUUGAGUAUGCAUGUGGGUCUUGGAAUAAAAUAAACGUCAUUCCAGAGGAUAGAUCAGGCUACAACACGUUCGCCAAACUUCGUGAUGACUUACAAGUCAUUUUAAAAGAUUUGCUUGAGCAACCAAUAUCAAACGAUGAGCCAAAAGCAACCCAAAAGGCCAAACAUCUGUAUAGAUCAUGUGUCAACGAGUCAAUGAUAGACGAGAGAGGACUCGAGCCGGUCAAAAUAUUUCUGGAGGAAUUGGGUGGAUGGCCGGUCACCUACCCAAAGAACAAACUCUGGGAUGAAACGAAAUUCAAUUUUAUCGACCUGUUAGUGAAGCUGAAACUUUAUAAUAACAAAAUCUUUGUUGAUCAGUGGGUGAGCGCAGACGAUAAGAACUCAAAUGUGAAUAUCAUACAGUUAGACCAACCAGAACUUGGGAUGCCGUCACGUGAUUAUUACUUACGCGGCAUUGGGGAUGAGGAUGUUCAAAUUUACGAGAAAUUUGCUGUCGAUGUUGCCAUGAUGUUCGGGGCAAGUGAACCCCAAGCAAGGAGAGACAUGAGAGAAAUGGUCGAAUUAGAGAUUGAGUUAGCAAAUAUAACUACACCUCAAGAUCAGCGUCGAGAUGGGGAAGAAAUAUACAAUAGGAUGACAGUGAAGGAACUUCAGGGGAAAAUCCCAGGGUUUGAUUGGUUGGGAUACCUCAGACUUAUAUUUCAAAAAGUGAACAUAACUAUUGAAGAAACAGAAGAAAUAGUAGUAUAUGCCCCUGAGUACCUCGGCAACAUGGUAAAAAUUGUCAAGAAUGCAAAUAACAGGCUAUUGGCGAAUUACAUGAUUUGGCGCAUAAUGAUGAACCGAGUUACCAACUUACCUCUGAAGUACAGGAAUAUUCGAAAUGAGUACUAUAAAAAAAUUUAUGGGUCAGACACGGAGAGGUCGCGGUGGAGGGACUGUAUAAGCUAUGUGAACGAUAACAUGGGUAACGCUGUCGGGAGACUCUUUGUCAAGGAUCAUUUUGAUGCGGGGGCAAAGGAAGUGGCUCUCAAUAUGAUCCAUGACAUCAGAGCGGCAUUCUACGACUUACUGGAGGAGGUUACGUGGUUAGAUCAGAAAACGAGGACAGUGGCCAUAGAAAAGGCUGAUGCUAUGGCAGAGAAAAUAGGAUAUGCGCCUUUUAUCCUUAAUAAUACAGCACUGGAUAAAACUUAUGACGCAGUAAAUUUUUCAUCUGACACAUAUUUUGAAAACGUCUUGGAUAAUAUCCGAUCGAUUGCCUGGAGCAAUUCCAAAAAGCUUCGCGAAGCAGUUGAUAAGACAGAAUGGUCAACAACGCCGGUAGUAGUCAACGCAUUUUACAGCUCAACCAAAAAUCAAAUAAUGUUUCCAGCAGGAAUUUUACAGCCACCGUUUUACAGCAAAGGCUAUCCAAGAUCAUUGAAUUAUGGAGGAAUCGGUAUGGUGAUUGGACAUGAAAUAACUCAUGGAUUUGACGACAGAGGAAGGCAAUUUGACAAAUUUGGCAACCUUAAACAGUGGUGGGAUGACGAAGUGAUAGCCAAAUUCAAGGAUCAAGCCAUGUGCAUUAUAGAGCAAUAUGGCAAUUAUACGAUGCCGGAAGUUGCGAUAAAUUUGAAUGGAGUUCAAACACAGGGGGAGAACAUUGCAGACAACGGAGGAUUAAAGGAAGCUUAUAGAGCUUAUGAGAAAUGGGAGAAUAACCAGGCACGAGAACCCGACAGACUCCCGGGGAUGUCUCAGCUCAGCAACAAGCAGCUCUUUUUCUUAAACUUUGCUCAGGUAUGGUGUGGUACCAUGAGACCGGAAGCCAUUAUCAACAGAAUCAGGACGACAUUACACAGUCCGGGAAAAUUCAGGGUCAUUGGAACUCUUCAAAACAUGCCCGAAUUCGCAGAAGUUUUUAAUUGUUCUGCAGAUUCUUAUAUGAAUCCAGUCAAGAAAUGUCGAAUAUGGUGAUGUAAGUGUUCAAAGUAGAUGAACCAGGUGAUUAAAAUGUGAUUGAAAAAAGUCUAGAUAUUCGUCACAACGGCCGAAACAUGAUUGCUUUGUCUUAAGAUUGUUUCAGGACGAAGAAAAGGGUUUUUUUUUUUCGUUAGGCGAAAGUAAAGGGAAAAAAGUGAAACUUCUAAUGGCAGUUGAUAACACCUGAAUUGUAAAUAAUGUAACUACUUUUGUGUUAAAUAUUCAUAGAUGACAGCUUGAUAAAAUAAAUGUUUGUUUGUUUUUGUAUAUGGAUAUCAUCUUGUUUUCCUACCAUUUUAUCAUCAUUUUUGCUUCAUACGUUUGUCACAAGUUUGGACAGUGGUUUGUAAAUCUAUAUGGGUUUUUUUUCAGAGCAAAACAUGACAAUUCUCUCUUAUAGGAUAGUAUAAUAUGCUCAUAAAAAGCAUGUAGAUAUAUAUAAACGCAAUUAUUUCAAAUAAUGUUCUAAACCAUCUUUUAUAUACGUGUAUCCUUUAGCACGUAGCAUACGGGGAAGGGGCUCUGCCAUUUUUUAUACGACCUUUGUCUUAUAUUUUUAUACAGAAAAUAAAAUGAAAAUUGAAAGAUACCUGUAAAAUGCUGGUGUUGAUCAAAUUUUAAGAUAACAAGGCAAAUACUCCCCUGCAAAUGCCCUAUUUACAUUAGAAAAUAGAGAUUUGGUAAAAUUUAUGUUAAAUUUAUUGAUUUGAAAUUUUUUAAAUUAGAUUUAUCAUUUAUUUCUUUUUAUUCUGUUAAAGUGUUGGGGUAAGUCCCCUUUAAAAAAAAUACUUCGUGCCUGUUUUGUAAGAACUUUUAUUUUAAUUAAACAAAUUACUUAAUU